AUACUGAGCUCACUACCGGUCUCUUUUCGGCUUCGCUGUGACAAGCAUGGCUGACACUGGUCUUGUAGAAACGCUUCUUCGGCGGGUAGAAAAGGUGGACGGUGGUCUCGACAGUCAGGAUGUUGCGACCAGUCUUGGGGUGGACCACCAAGCUAUCGUCGGGGCUGUGAAGAGCCUACAGGCACUUGGUGAUGUGAUCUCAGCUGAGCAGCGCUCCUCAAAGCACUGGGAGCUGACUGGGGAAGGCUGCGAGAUAGCCGAGCAGGGCAGCCAUGAGGCCCGAGUCGUCAUCUCCAUCCCAGAGGAAGGGAUGCCUCAGAGUCAGCUCAUGAAACUAGCCUUUGGGAAGGUGGGUUUUAGCAAGGCCAUGUCCAACAAGUGGAUCCGUCUGGAUAAGGGCCACGAGGGCGGACCCAGGAUCUUCAAGACUGUGGAGCACUUAGAAGACUUGGUGAGGGACAAGUUGCUCCUGGUACAGAAAGGCCAGGCGUCUCAACUGGAGGAGAAGGAGAAGAAUGAGCUGAAGAAACGCAAACUGCUCUCUGAAGUGACGGUCAAGUCCUAUUGGAUCACAAAGGGCAGCUGUUUCAGCACCACCAUCACUAAGCAGGAGACGGAGCUCACCCCAGAGAUGAUCGCUAGUGGGAGCUGGAAGGAGAAGAAGUUCAAGCCUUAUAACUUUGAGGCCAUGGGUGUGGCCCCAGACUGUGGCCACCUGCAUCCGCUCAUGAAGGUCCGCACGCAGUUCAGACAGAUCUUCCUGGAGAUGGGCUUCACUGAGAUGCCCACCAACAACUUCAUUGAGAGCUCCUUCUGGAACUUUGACUCCCUGUUUCAGCCCCAGCAGCACCCUGCAAGAGACCAACACGACACCUUCUUCCUGUCCGACCCAGCUCAGGCCCAUGAGUUUCCCCAGGACUACCUGGAGAGAGUGAGGAAGGUCCAUUCAGAGGGAGGCUUUGGAUCACAGGGGUACAAGUAUGACUGGAAGAUUGAGGAGGCUCAGAAGAACAUCCUCCGUACUCACACCACAGCAGUCAGCGCUCGCAUGCUGUACAAACUCGCUCAGCAGGAAAAGUUCACCCCUGUCAAGUACUUUUCCAUCGACAGAGUAUUCCGUAAUGAAACUCUGGAUGCCACCCACUUGGCAGAGUUUCACCAGAUUGAGGGCGUGGUGGCUGACUAUGGCCUUACCCUGGGUGACCUCAUGGGCAUCCUUCAUCAGUUUUUCAAUAAACUAGGAAUCACCAAAUUACGCUUUAAACCGGCCUACAAUCCAUACACCGAGCCGAGCAUGGAAGUGUUCAGCUAUCAUGAAGGGCUGAAGAAGUGGGUGGAGGUGGGGAACUCGGGGAUGUUCAGGCCAGAGAUGCUGCUGCCUAUGGGGCUCCCUGAGGGGGUGACGGUCAUCGCCUGGGGGCUGUCUCUGGAGAGGCCCACCAUGAUCAAGUAUGGCAUCAACAACAUCCGUGAGCUGGUGGGACACAAGGUCAACCUACAGAUGGUCUACGACAGCCCUGUGUGUCGACUGGACUCUUAGAUUCUGUUCAGGCUUCCACUUGGACAGGCUUACAUUACCAUACACAUCCUAUCCAAGGCCCGUGUCAUCAGGACCCCUUUGCCCACUAGCAACCAUAUGAACACUGAACAAUCCCACAAAACCUUAAUCUACCUUGGCCAGAGACUGACAGAGAGACAGAUCUGUCUGUUUGAGAGGGAGGGAAAGAGGACGUACUUUUCUCCUUAUAGCUUGUCUGUGGUUCUAGCUGUAUUAUAGCCGUUGUUUAGCCACAUGAUACACAGAUUAUACUUUAAACCUAAUUUAUGAAACAGUUAUAACUCAUCUUUGGUCCUAACCAGCAGCUAUGCAUGUGCUGAGGGGUAGGUAGUGCUAGUACUGUGUUCUCUGCUGAUGUGUGCACUACAUCAGAGCAUAAGGAACUUCACCAGUGAGUCUGUUUUUUCAUUUAAACGUUAGGUAGCCGCUGUGCACUUUUCUAUUUAAUGAAAUGCUUGUACAGUAAAGAUGCUAACUUGAAGCCCUUUAGCCUUCCAUACAAAAUCAACUAACUCUGUGCUGUGUCCACUCAGUUCAUGAAACAAAUUAGAAAUGGUCAAAUAAAGAUGUUUGAAAGUA